AUGGCAUCUUUACCGGUUAUUGCUUGCGGCACCGCCAACCCACAGGUUUUCAACGCUGUCAAACCUCUCUACCUACCCGAGUACGAAAUUAUACACAAUGUCACCGGCAGCGCCUCCGGAGCAGUCGAAAUACCCUUCUUGCUGCAGGGGCAGGCCCCUCCUGUUGCAGAAGAGCCCAAUCGCGGCACUAUGAACUAUUCCAAACCGCCCGUGGCUGUGUUUUUAGGGGCUAUGUACGGUGAUAAGGAAUUCGAAGAGAUGCGUCAGGCGUGCCGCGGGCUUAGCUCAGUCCCUUGGUUGAGGAUGGAUAUGGCUGUGCCGAAACCGCCGCUGGGACCGGGGUAUGCGGAGCAUGUCGUGCAGAGGAUCAAAGCAUGCAUGAAGAAUAUUGAAGCUGAGGGAAAGCUGGAGCAAGAUGGCGUAUGGGGAAGAGGGCGAGAAUGUCGAGAGGAAGCCCAAAUUCCGAGCAUUCUCGAGGAUGCGGACCUCAUUCUCGACGGAUUUCGGCCCGGCGCGCUGAUGCGGCUCGGGUUUGGUCAGCGCAUGGUGCAUGAGAUUGUCCGGCGGCGCAGUAGGGGCAUUGUGAUGCACGCGAGAACACCAAUAGGUGGUGCGGAGGGUGGCACGAACGUUACCAAACAGGGCGCAGCAAAGCAAAACAUCUCUCUCACUCACUCAACUCACCACUUUCUCUUCCCAUCCCUGCUUGUCCUCUCUCCGUCCUCUAUCUCCGUUUCUUCUUCUCUUCAUGUGCUACGACACCUGAGUGACUGGCUCCUCCCGGCUGGCCAACCGUGCUGCUCUCCAUUGUCUCCCCUUCGUCCCCCCUCAACCAGACUAGGCACCCGGCCAAACCUCGAAUCUCGCUCCCUCACCCUGGCCGUGCUCCCCCCCGACCUUGACCCCGGCACCUCCACAUUGUCAAUACAACGUGGAUCAGACUGCUCAUCCCGGGGGUUGACCUCCCCAAGGAGGUCAUCCCGGAUACCCAAAGCGGCCAUGUCUGACGACCCGACAUGCCCCCAACCGGAGGCCUCAACGGCCUCCGGUCUUCCCCAGGAUCUGUGUCUGGUUGGACGCGGUGGAACCUCUAGCGCUCAAGGUCGACGAUGGCGCGACACCUCCAAGCGACGGCGGCCGUUCUGGGUUCUGCUCGUGCUGGUGUGCUGGAUCUCGUGGGCCUCGCCCGCAACGGCUGUGCUGCUGAAUUUCGACAACUGCUUGGACAAGGCCCGUCUUGACUCGGAUCCACGGCUGCUCCAAUUUGUGCCUCUGGAUGUCUCCGUCACAUUCAACCUGACGGACCCGCUCCGCCCACUGAACGUGACGGUCUACGGUAACGUCUCUGGCACUGCCGACGGACGCGCAGAUUAUCCGCCAGCGGAUGAUCCUCAGUGGAACAACCCCAACAUUACCGUGGGCAAGAUCGAGGACCUGAGCGACUCAAACAACAAGUAUUCGACCUUGAUGACCUCGUUCAAUGUGCUCAACUUUGCCCCCUAUCACCAUCCCGAACGCUUCUGCACCCAACUCGGCCAAGGCGAGUGCCCCUUGGGACCGGUGUUUGAUGUCAACGCAAGUGAUUUGACCCAACUACACUCCUUCUCUGUCCAGCAUGAUAUGCUCUCCUCCUACCGAUUCUCGACCAUCUCGCCCAAUCUUCUCAUUCUGUCUGGCGAUGUCUCUGCCGCCGAGCUGGGCUGUAUCUCCGUGUCCAUCACCCCCGAUCUCGGUUCCUCCCUCAAAGAUGCCCUGGCCUAUGUACCCCUCGUCAUUCUGGUGUUGGUGGGCAUCGCGACAAUCACAGCGGCCAUGUACAGUCCCUGGGGCACAACAGACCCGUUUCGAUGGACGAGCAACUAUGGCCGCGACGAAGAUAUUCUGCGACUGGUCACCCCUGGCUUUGCUGAUUGCCUGCAGUACAUUCAGUAUGUGGUGCUGACAGGGGCUCUAUCAUUGAAUUACCCAGGCUUUUACCAGCCGACGGUGAGUCAGGCGGCCUGGUCGUCUCUCAUGUUCAACCAGAGCUUUGUCAACCCAGGUAGCGGCUAUAAUCCGGUUGUGGACGGCGUCUAUGCGAUUAAUGGGACCUAUGGUUUGGAUCGAUUCAACCAGCUGGUGGGAAUGGCUACCACCCGCGAUAUCUGGCCUGGUAUGAUCGUAUGGCUGCUGGUUAUUUUGGUCAGCGUCACGCUCCUGGUCCAGGCUGGCUUUGUGUUGCGUUGGAUUCACCGCGAGAUGGCGCAUAUCCCCGAGCAAGACUUGCGUGCCAAAAACGUGCCAUUUACCGUUGGCAACAUCAUCCGCAUCGUAUUCAGCUACUUGCUCCUUCCCAUUGUCUCGCUAUCCUUCUUCCAGCUUGUUAUCGCAGGCAAUUCACCCGCCUACACGACUGCUUUGGCUGCAGUGGUGAUCCUCAUCUUGGUCUGCUUUUCAUUUUGGGGUAUCCGAGUGAUUGUCAAUACUCGCCCGCGGUCUCAUCUGUUCGAUGAUCUUCCAACGGUUCUCCUAUACGGCCCGCUUUAUAAUACUUUCUGCGAUGACGCAGCACCUUUUGCCAUGGUGCCAUUGUUUUUGACAUUUGCUCGAGGUGUCGCUAUUGGGGCUUUGCAGCCAUCGGGCAUUGCUCAAAUUGUGUUGCUUGCUAUCUGUGAAGUGGUCUCGGUGCUCACGCUUGUGGCUUUCCGACCAUUCCCCGGACCGACGCUCAUGAACUUGUACCACUGCUGCUUUUCCAUCAUCCGGUUUCUGACCAUCUUGCUGAGUGUGGUGUUUGUUCCGUCUUUAGCGGUUUCCGAGGCAGCACGAGGAUGGAUUGGUUACGUGAUUCUUGUUCUGCAUGCACUGGUGCUUAUCUUUGGGUUCUUCCUCAACGCUCUACAGACCUUCAUCGAGGUCAUUGCACGACUUGCUGGUGCCGGUGGUACUACUCGCGGCGGUUUGGCCAAAGUCUUUGGAAUGCGCCAGCUGUCGAGGCGUGCCCCUCAACGUGAUAUCCAACGCGAUAUCACUCGACAGAGUCUCGGUUCUGAAGCCGCGAUGCUCGCCCCUGGUGACGAUCGCAUGUCUUCUCAAUUUGAUGGAUCUCGCCCCCGCAGUCUGUCAGGCAACUCGGCUCUUCUCAUUAACCGUGCCAGUGACGGCCGCGCAAGCCAGCUGCUUGACUACGCGAGUUCGCAUGGCGGCACUCACAGCCGUGCUGCAAGCAGCGGGCUCUACACGCCUACGACACUCGGUGGCCACACUUCCUACGGCGGAGCUGAUUCUCCUGUGAUUGGUAUGCAGCCCCGUGAUCCGUACUAUCGGCCUCCGCGACCAGGACGAAGAACGCCCCAAUCCAGCUCCUUUGAUGGUGGUCGGGUCCCGAAGACCCUGAUGAAGCCCAACCGCGCUAUGGAUACCGAAGACGAUCUAGGAGAUGGCCCACCGGUUUCUGGCCGGGCGACUCCUACACCAGCCUACAUCCCAGCACCCAAGGAAGACAUGGAACUUGAAGACCCUCGCAAACAAAAAGAUUAUGCCGUCCGAGAAGUCGAUUUUUACUACCGUGUCCGCGGCCCGCCCCUCUCGCACAUGGGCACUCGUAAACUGAAGACGGGCCCAGCAGACCCGACAGGCCCAGUUUCUUCCGCAACAGGGUGGUUCCGGAACUUCUUCCAGGGAAAAACCAAGGAGAAAGGCAAGGGAUUUGAGGUGGUGCGAAGUGCAAGGGCGCCACCACCUGGUAUGUUUGAUGGGGAGUUCAAUGAUGAACCCUACCAAGACGACCCCGAGAAUGGAGGUCAUUCUCGCCACGUCUCCACCGCCUAUAGCCCGUACCAGGACUCAGAUGGUGACCACGACCACCGGCAAUCGAGUGACCGUCCUCCUGUUCUACCGCAAGUCGACUCCGUCGGCAACAUCGAGCUGCCAAGCCGGAUGGGAUCCCGUCGCACGGUCCAAGGGCCACUAGAAGAGGCGACCGAAGAAGCACCUCAGCCUCUACCCGCCGUCACCGAAAUAUCACCAGAGUCCCCCACCACCGCGAAAAUGCCGUUCAGCGGAAGCAGCUCCCCCCCUCCCAAGAACGCAAUGCCUCCGUCGCAUCUACAACUCGAUCUGUCACUUCUAGCAGCCGCCGGAGUCACAAAACUGGGCAAGAAGAUGGCCGCUCUGACCGUCCUUCAAGCAUGGGCUAGUCCGGAUGAGCCCUCUUUCACUGGCAGUGCCGCAGAGCUAGUCGACGAGCCAUUGCACGCCGACCAUUAA